AUGGAUAUUCAAUAUGAACCGGUUUCUACUCCUCUGAUGGUUGGUCAAUGUCUUUCUAGUAUGUCUAACCCCACAGCUUAUCGCUCACUAGUUGGGACUCUCCAAUAUUUGGUGAUUACGCGAGCAGAUCUUUCUCACAGUGUAAACAUGGUUUGCCAAUUUAUACAUGCACCCACAAAAGAUCAUUAUUGUGCUGCUAAACGCAUUUUGCGUUAUGUGAAAGGUACUCUCACCUACGGCUUGAAUAUUUAUGCCAAUAGCUCUCUUUCUUUAAUAGGCUACUUCGACGUCGACUGGGAAGGCUGUCCGAACACUCGUUCUACCCCUGACUUUGUAGUUUUCUUUGGUCUUAAUUUGAUCUCUUCGAGUACAAAGAAACAACCAUUUCUCGCUCAAGUGUAG